UGGGGCUGAGCGGGAUGGCACGGGGAGCGGGAGUCCAGAAGGGAGGGGAAGGGAGAUGAGAGGAGGGGUCCAGCAGCCUCCAUUGAGCUGGGGGCCCCUGGGCGGGCUGCGAGUCAGGGCUCCCAGACACCUCCUCGAAUUGGGUCUGUCACAGGAGUGCCUAGAUGUUUUAGAGCAGCGGUCUCGAACCUUUCUGGCACCAGGGACCCUUUCAUGGAAGAUAUUUUCACAGAUGGGGGGAGGGGGAAGAUGGGUUCGGAAUGAUCUAUACACAGUUAUACACACAAAUAUACACACAUAUUUAUUGUACACUUUCUAUUAUUAUUAUAAUAUCAGUUCCACUUAAGAUCAUCAGGCACUAGAUCCCAGAAGUUGGGGAUCCCUAUUUUAGAGAAUGACCAGUCAGUGCCUGGGAGAGGAUGGAGCACAACUGCUGUUAGAAAAAGAGGCGGGGAAGAGCAGCCAUGGCUCCUCAGACCUUUGGGCCGGGCUGAAGCACUGAUUGCGGCUCUACGGGGCCGGAAGUGGGCGUGUCAGGGCGUGUCCUCUGGGGGGAGCGGCCAUUGCUGCCUGUGUAGGGGCCGGAAGUGGGCGGGGCCAGGCGUGUCCAAGGGAAGGCGCUGAAUGCAGCCGGUUCGAGGACCCAAAAGAGGUGGGGUGGAGUGGGGCGGGGCCCGCGGGAGCUGUAAGGCCGCCUCCGGGGAGGCCGGAAGUGGGUGGGGCCCCCGACGGGGGCGUGUCCGCGGGCGAGGCAGGGGGGCGGUGGCUGUUAGUCCCGCGGCUGCGGCGCGCUAGGAACUUGUGGUGGAGUGGCCGCCGCGUAGGUCCGGAGCCAACCAGGUACGCUAUCGAGAUGGAGGGACCCGCCGAGUACAGGGCUCGGGAUCGGCAGGCCGAGGUGGAGCAGCCGGUUGGGGGCGCCCUGGGCGGAUCGCCCGAACAGCGCGCCAGCGUCCGCGCCCGCCCCAAGGAGCCAGAGGACGCGGCGGGAGACCGCGCGGACCCCUUCGACCCGGUGGAAGGCACCCCGAGCGCGCCGCUCGGAAGGCGACCUCGCGGUGGUCUGGUGGGGGAAGGUGCGCGGCCCGAAGCGCUGGGCGAUGCGCCCCCCACGCCGCGGCCGGGCCGCACCGCGCCCCGGGACCCGGCUGCAGGCGGCUCUCCUCAGCUGCGGCGCGGCCCCGGGGGCGCGGACGGCGCGGCGGCCGAGGAGGAGGGCGCGGGCUCUCUGACGCUGGAUCCGCUGGAGCACGCGUGGAUGCUGUCGGCCGCCGACGGCCGCUGGGACAGCCUGGAGGGGCUGCUGGCCUGUGAGCCUGGACUGCUGGCCAAGCGCGACUUCAUCACCGGCUUUACCUGCCUGCAUUGGGCAGCCAAGCACGGCCAGCAGGAGCUGCUGGCCCUGCUGGUACGCUUCGCGGGCCAGCACCGGCUGCCGGUGAACAUCAACGCGCGCACGAGCGGCGGCUACACCGCGCUGCAUCUGGCGGCCAUGCAUGGGCACGUGGAGGUGGUGAAGCUGCUGGUGGGGGCCUACGACGCGGAUGUGGACGUUCGCGAUUACAGCGGCAGGAAGGCCUCGCAGUACCUGAGCCCGAGCACCGCCGAGGAGAUCCGGACGCUGGUGGGCGCCCUGGACGAGGACGAAGGCGAGAGCGCGGCGGGCAGCGGGGGAGGGCGCUGGAGGCUCUCGAGGGUGCUACCCUCGCACCUCAUCUCCGGCAGGCUCUCCCACGCUCUGGAGGACGGCGGGGACCAUCACCACCACCUGGCCGAGGGAUUGACUGCCGGCAAAGCGAAGGAGCCGAAUCGCAAAGCCUCGGGCAGCUCUAGUGGGCGGAUGAAACCCAGACUCAACAAAAUCCGUUUCCGAACCCAGAUCAUCCACACCACACCCUCUUUCAGAGACCCAGAGCAGCCUCUGGAGGAGGGGGAGGACGAGGAAGAGGACCGAUCUCUUAAAGGCCACUCGUCCUCUUUCAAAUUGAGACCCAAGUCCAAUGUAUUUGGGUAAAAAUCAUUUCUUUUAGAAAGUUCUGAGACUUGUUUGCCGUGAGGAAUAGGAUACUAGAUGUAGACAAGAAA